AUGUUUGAAUUUGUAUUUGAGAUAGGCAUUAUCAGAAUUCCAAUAGGAGGAUCUUACUGGAUGUUGUUAUGGGGAAACUACAAAUUUCCGCACUUAACUGUCGAUUAUUAUGUGAAAAAAUUGAAGUCAAAGAUUAUCAGUUGUUAUAUGGGUGAUAAUUUUACAAUAAUAGUGAAUGAUUACAAAAGCAUUAAAGAAGUACUCUCAAGAGAUGAAUUUGAUGGCCGAGUUACGACUGCGCCGUUUAUAAAGGAUCGAGCUUUCGGAAAGGAAUUAGGUAUAUUUUUCAUCGACGGAGUGAAAUGGCAGGAACAGAGGAGAUUCGCUCUUCGCUAUAUGCGCGACUUUGGAUUCGGUCGACGCCAGGAGAAGCUCGAGAGCGAGAUCAUGGAUGAAAUGACUCUAUUCCUGGACAUUUUGAAGAACGGACCCGUUUACGAUGGAGAGAAGGAAAUACUAAAAGACAAUUUGGUUCUCUUUCCUGACAUUCUGUAUGCGUCGUCGGGUAACAAUAUAUGGAAUAUUAUGUUCGGUCACAGAUUUGAUAGAAGAGAGCACGAUAUACUGCGACUCCUCUGUUAUUCGGCUUAUAUGUUUGUAACAGCAAACGAUACAACUGGUGGUGCUAUUUUCCAGCGACCGAUUUUGAGAUACUUCGGUAACAUGUUUGGUUACACAAAUCAUAUGAAAGGAAGCACCACAGUAUCAAAUAUAAUCAAAAAAUAUCUAGAGUAUCAAAAAGUCACUAUUAGUGAGAAUGAUGAUCAAGGAUUUGUCGAUAAAUAUCUAAAGAAAUUAAACAGAGACGAUAAAUCGAAUAAUUUCACAGAGGAACAAUUAAUCAUUUUGUUAACUGAUCUAAUGAUUCCCGCUUUUUCUGCAACACCAUCCAUGAUUACUCAUACUAUUAAGUAUAUCAUGCACCAUCCUAGAGUUAUGGAAAGAGUACAAAACGAAAUAGAUAAUGUUGUUGGGACUGGAAGACUAGUCACAUGGGAAGAUAGAAAAAAUUUGCACUAUUUAGAAGCGACAAUACGAGAAACAAUGAGAAUCGAAACUCUCGCACCUCUCGGUAUACCUCACAAGAGCGUGAAGAAAACUACGUUAGGAGACUACGAGAUACCGGCGAACACAACGAUUUUCACUAACUUUGCAGCGAUGCAUCAUGAUCCCGACUUGUGGGACGACCCUGAAAUUUUCAGACCAGAAAGGUUUUUGAAAGAGGACGGGCAGUUAGUCAAAGAUUUUACGCUCCCUUUUGGUUUUGGUCGUCGGUUAUGCGCAGGAGAAACUUAUGCCAGAUACAACUUAUUUGGGACAUUGGCUCUUUUGCUACAGAACUUUAACUUGUUCUUUGUUGAGGGUGAGCCAUCGAGUCUCGAGGACAAGUUGCCAGGUAUACUCGUUUCUCCCAAAAAGCUGUGGAUACGCUUGGAACCACGUUAAAUAUUAUUUUCUUGAUAAUAUAUGAUAAAUAUUUUCAAAUAAAU